GAUAGCUGGGCGUAAAGUUUUUCCGCAUGUUAUAUAUGCAAGAAUCUGGCGAUGGCCAGAUCUACAUAAAAAUGAGCUCAAGCACUUAAAGUAUUGCCAAUAUGCUUUUGAUUUAAAAUGCGAUUCUGUGUGUGUUAAUCCGUAUCAUUAUGACCGUGUUGUAUCACCAGGCAUAGAUUUAAGUGGUCUAACGCUACAAAGUGGUACAUCUACUAAUGGUUCUGGCCGAAUAAUUAGCCAAAAAGAUGAGUAUAAAGCUGGCGGGGAAGGAAUGUCUUCCUUGCCAACUUGUUCUAGUCAAGUUAGCAGUUCCAAUAUGAACAGUGAUGUACCUGGAAACAGCCCGCCUAUGAGUAUACAACAUCACUUACCUCUUUUAUGUCACCACAAAAUUCCAGCCACUGAUGUUUCUCAACAAUCAACCAUCUCUCAAGCUGCUAGAGAUGUUUGUUUGUUUCGGCCCACACUACAGCAGCAUCAAAUUGGUAUAAAUUCUCAAGUACGAGUUAAGACUGAACCAUGUGACAAUUGGAUCCCGAGUACACCAUCACAUGCACCACCCAAUAGACCAAAAUACAUGCCAUUACAAAAUCCCAGUAUGUUCCAAGGAAAAAAGAAAGACAAUUUAUGUAAUUAUAUUAUCUUUUAAUAAAAUUAUUUUCAAUAAACUGAGUAAUAUUUUUAUUUCACAUACAGUACCUAGUCAAACAAUAACACCUCAUCAUUAUCGAGAACCUAUCACCCUGAUGCCUGGUACAACAACAGAUAAACGACCAGUACAAUGCACACUUACUUAUACACAUUCCAUGCAACCACCACAUCCAAU